AAUUGCUCAUGAAAAGCGCGGUGGCUAGCCUGUGGAUGGCUGAUGCAUGUGUCUAUAUAUUUAUACACACGUAGGGAAACAUUGUCUGCUCCAGGCGUUCAGCUAAGUGCGAUCAAGUACCAAAACGUAGGGAAUAUAAUGGAGGUCUUCUUCCUCAUGGCCGGCCUUGCUCUUGUAGUGUUCAUUGCCAUUUUCCGGCGAACCAGCAGCCGCAGCGCUCGUGCUCUGCCGGCGGUUCCAAACAUCGAGGUCCGUGACCGCGCCAUUGCACGCAGCAUGCUGGUGGACCACGCCGACACUUUCUCCGACCGCCCCGUCUCGCCAUUCCACGUCAAGUUCGUCAGAGCCGAGCGCGUGAACCUCAGCUACAGCAUCAGCACCGUGCCGCACGGCCCGCUCUGGCGCGCGCUCCGCUGCAACCUCACCGCCGGCAUCUUGCACCCGUCGCGCCUCGGCCGCCUCGCCGGACUCCAGCGUCAGGCCGUCGACGGUCUCGUCGCCGGCCUCUCCUCCGGCUGCGGCCAUGACGACGACGUCGUCGUCAUCCGCGACGGACUUCACACCGCCGUGCUCACUCUCCAAAUGCGCAUGUGCUUCGGCGACGGCGGCUUCGACGCGGGCGACGUCCGCGCGGUGCAGCGGGUGCUCAAGGACUUCUUCGACGGCAUGGUGGACGCCCCCGUGCUAGCCACCUCGAGGACGGCGCGGCUGCUGCACUGGCGACGGUGGCGGCGCUUCCUCGCCGUCCGCAGCCGUAUGACGAAGCUCCUCCUCCCUCUCAUCAUGGAAAGGCAGCGGCGGCGACAGUCUAUGUCCAUGUGCUGCAGCGAUAGUGGCGAUGACGGCGGCGGGAUCCGGCCGUACGUCGACUCGCUGCUCGACCUGCAGGUUCCCAGCCACGACGACGGGAGCGUCAGGCGAGCUCUGACGGACGACGAGAAGGCGAACCUCGUGUGGGAGUUUCUCGGGGCGGGCACCGAGACGGUCGUGUCCUGCGUCGAGUGGGCGCUCGCGCACCUCGUCAACCAGCCGGAGGUCCAGGAGAAGCUCCGCCGCGAGGUCGACGUCCACGGCGGCAGCGACACACCGACACCGUACCUGCGCGCGGUCAUCCUUGAGAGUCUCCGGCUGCACCCGCCGGUGGCAGUCAUACAGCGUGACGUCGUGGUGAGGAGCGUCGACGACGGCGGCGGCGGCGCAGCAGCGGCAGUUAUCGGUGUGCACGUGCCGCCGGAGGAGGAGGACGGCAGCAGCGGGGUCGACGUCGUGCGGUUCACCAUCGUUCCGGGAGCCAUCGGGAGGGACAGCAGGACGUGGACGGACGACGCCGACGAGUUCCGGCCCGAACGGUUCCUCGCCGGCGGCGAGGGGGAGGCCGUGGGUCCGAUGCCGGGGCCCAAGGACGUGAGGAUGCUGCCGUUCGGCGCCGGGACGAGGCAUUGCCCGGGCAUGGCGCUGGGCAUGGCUCACGUCAGGCUCUUGCUCGCCGCGCUGGUGCGUGCGUUCCAGUGGGAGUGGGAGGUACCGGCGGCGGCGGCAACAGCUGCUCUUGUUGACCUCACUGAAGUGGACGGGUUCGUCAAGCACAUGAAGACGCCGCUCAGGGCGCGCAUCACGCCGCGCACGUAGCGAGCUACAAAUCUACAACUAUACAAUUCGUCUACACUCCUAUUACAGUAUAUAUACCCGUACGUGCAGAUAUUGUUACCGUACGUACGUGUCCGUGUACAGGCUGCAGUGUGCAUGCUGAUGCAGCCAAAUAAGAACAAAAUGGUGCUCCACCAAGAGAGAUGGCUAAGUUUUUGGUUGUAUUUAAUUUCUUUGUGAUCA